AUGAAACGAGCCAACAAAUUGAAGAAUACGAUUUUUUUGCAAAGUUUACGACACUUUAACACGUCACUUAUUAAAUCAAAGAUAGAUGUACUUGAGAAUUACGCGAAAAAAAAUCAGUUGCACAAACUGAGAAUGGAUAAUCUAUUUGAAGUGUUUAAAUUGUCAAAGACUGAAGAAGAUUAUAAAUUGUCUCUGCGUUUAUUAAAUGUUUACUAUAACUUUGGUAGAAAUUUAAAUACACAGCAAGAUGUCAAUUUAUUUUUUGCAUUAAUUUUAAGGACAAAUCAGCUAAAUGAAGCAAAAGAUCUUUUGAAAUAUUUCAAUGGAUGGCUAUUAUGCCCUCCAUCUAAUAAAUAUAUACUAUUAUGUAUGGAGGAAUUUUUUAAAAAAAAACAAUAUUAUGAUGUCAGGGAAAUUUUUUCUUUUAUUAGACAAAAUAGCCAAAUACAAUUGGAAAGUCCCUUCUACACAAUAACAAUUAAAUCCAUGAUAAUGUUGGAAAAAAACUCUAUUGAAGAGGCGAUGAUAAUUUAUGACGAUUCCUAUAACAUGUCCAUAUAUUUAACAAAUGAAAUUCACAAUUUAUUAUUAGAGAACAAUUUAUAUAAUUAUUAUCACGAGAAAUUGGAGAAACCAGAGAAUUUAGAAAAAUUGGGCACUUAUGAAAAGAGUAUCAAAACAAUUAUUAUACGACUGAUAAAUGAAUCAAUAAAAAAUCGAAGAUACGUAAAGCUAUCUUCCAAAAGUUUGAGUUUGCUUGCUUGGACAAAUAUUUACUUUGAUCUAAAAAAUAUAAUUUCGAAAUCAAAUCAUAAUCUAAUAGAUAUUAAGGAAUGUAACGGAUGGUUGGAUAUUUUAAAACUAUCGUGCUUGUACAACCAAAUAGCCGAAUGUUACAGCAGUCAUUUUUCAGAAAAGUUUAAAGAUGUAUUAAAGCAUAUGAAAGAUGAUGAAGACGCUGCAUUGGAAUGUAUCAUAACUUAUUUUGGAGAUGAAUCUUAG